ACACAGCGGGGGACAGAAAGAGUAAAGUUGCAGACUUUCUGAAGAGCUUGUGUGUGUGAGAGGAGAGAGAUGGGACUCCCCGCUUUGGAGUUCAGCGACUCGUUCGUGGACAGUCCGGAUUUUAGAGAACGAGUCAAAUGUCACGAAAUCGAGCUGGAGAGGACCAAUAAGUUCAUUAAAGAGCUGAUUAAGGACGGGAACAUGCUCAUUAUUGCGCUGAAGAACCUUUCUGUUGCUGUCCAGAAGUUUUCCCAGUCCCUGCAGGAAUUCCAGUUUGAGUGCAUAGGUGAUGCAGAAACAGAUGAUGAGGUGAACAUUGCCCAGUCAUUCAAAGAGUUCUCCCAGCUGCUGAACACUGUGGAAGAAGAAAGAAGACGCUUGAUCCAGAAUGCAGAUGACGUUUUGAUUGCUCCCUUGGAAAAAUUCCGUAAAGAACAAAUCGGAGCUGCAAAGGAAGGGAAGAAGAAAUUCGACAAGGAAACAGAAAAAUACUACGCCGCGCUCGAGAGACACCUCAACUUGUCAUCUAAGAAGAAGGAAACGUAUCUGCAGGAGGCUGACACGCAGAUUGAUAAGGAAAGACAACUCUUUUAUGACGCCUCCCUCGAGUAUGUGUUCAAAAUACAAGAAGUGCAAGAAAAGAAGAAAUUUGAGUUUGUUGAGCCGCUGCUGGCCUUCCUUCAGGGUUUGUUUACGUUUUACCAUGAGGGAUACGAGCUGGCUCAUGAAUUUGAACCAUACAAACAGCAGCUCCAGUUCAACUUGCAGAACACAAGAAACAAUUUUCUGAGCACCAAACAGGAAGUGGAGAAGCUGAUGAAGAGGAUAAGGUCUGCAGACCAGGACUACAAACCCCCAGGGCAGUGGACGAUGGAAGGCUUCCUGUAUGUCCAUGAGAAACGUCCUCUGGGAUGCACUUGGACACGUCACUACUGCACAUAUGACAAAGGCAGCAAGUCCUUCACCAUGAGCAACACAGACAGCAAGUCAGCUGGAAAACAGAAUGGACUUAUCCUGAACCCAGCAGAGAUGUUCAACCUCAAAUCCUGCAUUCGGAGGAAAACGGACUCCAUCGACAAGCGGUUCUGCUUUGAUAUUGAAGUAAUGGAAAGAAAUGACAUCUAUCGUGGAACUCUUUUCAGACCACUUCAGUUUUUCUGUAAAGUCCGGCAUGGCGUUAUGACACUGCAAGCACUGUCAGAGCUGAACAGAAGACUGUGGCUGGAGGCCAUGGAUGGCAAGGAACCGAUUUACAACCUUCCAACCAUACUGAGUAAGAAGGAAGAGACAUUUCUUAAUGAGGCUGGCUUUAACUUUGUAAGAAAAUGCAUUGACCUGGUGGAGAGGAGAGGUAUAAAUACAAUGGGAUUAUACAGAACUGGAGGAGUGAAUUCUAAAGUACAGAAGCUGAUGACCACAGUGUUUUCAUCCAAGGCACCUGUGGACAUGGACCUGGACCAGCAGAUGUGGGACAAUAAAACCAUCACCAGCGGUCUGAAGAAUUAUCUCAGGUGUCUGUCUGAGCCUCUUAUGACUUUCAGGCUCCACAAAGAAUUCAUCAUGGCUGUCAAGUCCGAUGAUCAGAACUACAGAGUAUGUGCUGUCCACGCUUUGGUUCAUAAGCUACCUGAGAAGAACAAGGAAAUGCUGGAGCUCCUAAUAAAACACCUCGUCACAGUUUCCAAGCAGAGCCAGUCCAACCUGAUGACAGUGUCCAACCUGGGCGUUGUCUUUGGGCCCACUCUGAUGCGGUCGCAGGAGGAGACUGUAGCUGCAAUGAUGAACAUCAAAUUCCAGAAUAUUGUGGUCGAAAUUUUAAUUGAGAACUUCAGCAAGAUCUUUCACGAGCCUCCAGAUCCCAACAUGGCCGUACCCCAACCACAGAGUCGUCCCGGCUCCCGCAGGAACAGGGCCAUCUGUCUGUCCACGGGACCCAGGAAGCCCCGCAGUCUGUACACCCCGACUCUGUGCCUGGCAGAUGCAGAAAGUCCCUGCAUAGGUGACGCUUUCAGCAGCAGUCGAAGCAGCACCCCGAUGGGCAGCAUGGAGUCCUUGUCCUCCCAUUCUUCCGAACAGAACAGUGCCUCCAAAUCAACUUCCUAUGUCCAGGUCAAGGAGAGGUCCAUCUUAGACCUCCACCGGAUACCAUUACACCUUUCAAAUGGCCCCAGGAGCACUGUGUGUGUCAGCAGCCCUGAGUCCAGCUCCAAGGAGGAUACAGGGCACACAGAUGGAGAGUCAGAGGACAAUCUCAAUCUGCUGUUAGUCAGUAGCACAGCCAGAUUGUCUCCGGCACCAAAAAAGGCCCCUCACUGUCACGCUGACCUCCGACCAGCACUGCCGAACCUUGCUGCUGCUUCUUCGUUAAAAUCGCUGCAUAUCUCUGAAGGUCACAUGAGCUGGUCUGGUUCUGUCCAAAGUCUGUCAUCACUGGAUUCCAAAGCGAGUCUGAAACACACUGAACAUCCAGACGUUCCACCAAAGCAAGUGGUCCGCCGCAAGAUGGACACAUCCUUCAGCAACGGCUACCAAAGACCUGGCUCAGUGGUGGCUGCCAAAACGCUACUUUUUGAGAAUAGCCCCACCCCUCAGGCUGCUCCUAUUGGAAGAGAUGCCAAGGCGAUGUACUCUUGUGAAGCAGAACACAGCAAUGAGCUCAGUUUCCCUCAGGGGACGCACUUCUCAAAUGUUUACCCAUCUGUUGAACCGGGCUGGCUCCAAGCGACAUAUGAGGGAAAAACGGGCUUAAUCCCAGAGAAUUAUGUGGUCUUCCUCUAACAAACUGGUGAAACAUUCAUCGUUUUCAUGGUAUCCAUGGAAAAAAAAACUGUUUGGUUUCUGUUGUUGUGUUCCUGUUACAAUAUUUCUGCAUUGUAUGCAUUUGUAGUAGAAAUAAAGAAGAGCAGCAGCUGCUUUAACAAUGCCAGUUGUUUAAAACAAAAUAAUACCUCUUUUUUUUGUAAAGAGAUAUUUUUUGUAUAAAUGUAAUGGACAGCUGUGGAGUAUGAUAUGUAUCACCCAUGGACUGCACUGAUGUAUUUAAUCACAGUAUCAGCCUGUACUCCGAGAAUCCCACAAGUGUUAUUCUCAAAAAUAUAUUAUUGCAUUGCUACUUACUAUUCUAUCAGCAUAACAUCUUUGACAAGUCAUUACUGGAAAAUAUACAUAU